UAUCGAGGAGAAGUUUUAAAAGCCGCAAAAAAAGGGGGUCUGUGUGUGAUGGACACGUCUGCCUGCUUGCCGCCCCUCUGUCCAGGCAUACAGGCGAGACAUGUCCACGGAGCAUUCGAUGCACAUGUAUUUGUCCUUGCUUGUCCACAUGAGCUUCUCGUGUACAUGUACGCGUCACCACAUCAGCUACUUGCGUUGGGGGAGUAUGCAUGCGCGGGCGGGCGUGGGGGCGUCUCCCUCCCAAUGCAUGACGGCCCCUCGAUGCGGACAUCGUCUAAGUAAGAGGCAUGUAAUCUCUUUGCAAUGCCUUCUCUGGUUCAUCCUGACGAUCUAACAGUUUGUGUGCUCAUCGGGAUCUCGGUCGCGCACUGCAGCAGCCCUGCUCUCCGCAUCGGGCAGCACUUGACGACAUCCGCCGAGUCGUGGGACGAGAUACUGAGGCACGACACAGAGGUAGCUGUUUGCAACGAUUCUCCAGUCGACCCACGGUGCGCGUGACUCUCCAUCCAGAUGGCACAGCCGAUGACCGGAUGUAUCAGCAGACCUACGCUCAAGCGGGACAGGACGCCUGGUUUGCCGAUCCGGAGGGAGCAAUUGCCCUUGGCUGGUUGACGCGAUAUCCAUGCGCGGUCAUUCACAGGAAUGAGACGGACCACACUGUGAGUUUUCUUCUGUACCAUCUACGGUCUCAAGCCAACAAGAUCCCGCUUGUGGCCCACGACGGCAGCGCCCAGGGCAAGGAAGAGAUGAUCAACGAACUCACUACGCUGCUGCGUCGUUCAGGGUGGGUGCUAGAGGCGUCUGAUGCGUUGUCUUGGGUCUUCCGCAAGGCGGGCACCCCCUGCAUCAACGAUGAAGCGGUGAUCCGUACGCUGCUGGAUCUUAGCCAGGUGGACGAAGGGAAGGAAAGGCCAGCUGGCCUAACAUACGAGGUCAUCGCGUAUGCAUUUGUGAGUGCACGCAGCAAGAGGAGCCUCAAGACAUCGAGAUGAACCCGGCCUUCGACCGGAGCAGCAAGACCUCCUACGCCUACUUUCAUAUCUACCAUGGUGGCAAGUUCAAGAACAAAGAGACACUCUUUGGUGUGGCGGGGUGCAAGUUUGUCGACAAGGAUCAAAGCAAUUGUGGCAGAAAGUGUGUAUCAUGACGGAAAGAGACAUGUUUGCCUUCUGACUGGUUCGCGUACGGCGAGAGAUACGAAAGAACACAGACCGCUGCAACUACCGUUAUAGCCCUAUUCAAAAC